UUGUGCUAUAAAAGAAAUAAUAAAAUCCAAAGUUAUUCAAUUGGGAAAUCUUGUUAAAAGUUCUUUGAUUCAAGAUUAAAAAAUCACUAUUAUGUCGGCAUCAGGGAAAAGUCUUUUGGGACUUUGGCUUUAUCGAAGUGGAGAACAGGAAUGGGCGGUAAAGGAAGGCUCUCCAAUUCAUAAACCAAAGGAUUUAAUAGGAAAUAUAGAGGAAAAAGCCAAUGGCGAUAAUGGCAAUGUCACUGUCACAACAUCAUCAUCUGAAAAAACAUCAAUUAUCUUUACAUUAAAGCAUCAGGUUGGAGCAUUAGCUCGCGCUCUUCAAGUUUUCCAAGAACUCGGCAUCAAUGUCCUACACAUAGAACUCCAUUCAGAGAAGGAAACUGAAAUGGCAGACGUCCUUGUUGAUAUUGAAUGCGACGCAAAACACAUUGACCAUGUUGUGAGAAUGUUAAAGAGAGAAGUUCAAUCGGUCAACUAUGCAUCUCCUAUUGUCAGUGACGAGUAUCCACCACCCACACCACUUUCAAAGUGCAGUAGCUUCGACUUCACUGAUACAGUUCCUUGGUUUCCAAGAAAAAUCUCUGAUUUAGACCGAGCACAAAAUGUAUUGAUGUAUGGCUCUGAUCUCGAUGCUGACCAUCCAGGUUUUAAAGAUCCUGUUUAUCGUAAAAGACGAGAACAAUUUGCAGCUAUUGCUAAUUCAUACAAACAUGGAUCUGUUAUUCCCAAAAUUCAGUACACACCCGAGGAGAUAAAAACUUGGGGUGUAGUAUUUGUCGAACUACAUAAGCUAUAUUUAAAACAUGCUGUUGCUGAAUACAUGGAAAAUUGGCCUGAACUUGUAAAGUAUUGUGGAUAUCGGGAGGAUAACUUACCUCAACUACAAGACAUUAAUGUUUAUUUGAAACGUAAAACUGGCUUUAUGAUUCGUCCUGUUGCUGGAUAUUUGGCACCGCGUGACUUUUUAGCAGGUCUCGCAUUCCGUGUAUUUCAUUGUACACAGUACAUUCGCCAUUCUUCAGAUCCGUUUUACACUCCUGAGCCUGACUGCUGUCAUGAAUUGUUAGGGCACAUGCCUCUAUUCGCAAAUCCAUCAUUUGCACAAUUUUCUCAGGAAAUCGGUCUUGCAUCAUUAGGAGCUUCAGAAGAUGAUGUCAAGAAACUAGCGACGCUUUAUUUCUUUACUGUUGAGUUCGGCUUAGUUAAACAGCCAGAUGGGACUUUUAGAGUGUAUGGGGCAGGUUUGCUUUCAUCAAUUGCAGAACUUCAGCAUGCAGUUCAGGCGAAAGAUAAAAUAAAAAGAUUUGAUCCUGAUAGGACAUGUUUUGAGGAAUGCAUAGUUACAGCUUAUCAGAAUGCUUAUUUCUAUACUGAUAGCUUUGAAGAGGCUAAAGAGAAAUUGAGAGAAUUUGCAGGCAGCAUUCAAAGACCAUUUAUGGUCAGAUAUAAUCCAUAUACACAGUCCGUUGAAGUUUUAAGUAAUGCAAAAAAAAUUACAGCUGUUGUGAGUGAAUUAAGAGGAGAUUUAAGUAUUGUGUCGUCUGCAUUAAGGAAAAUUUCUGCGCUUGAUGAGAAUUUGGAUGUUGAUUCACUAUCAAAUAUGCUGUUACAAGGAAUUCACAUGAAUCACGACAAAUCUCCAGUAUCUGAGGGAUCAGAUGCAUCACAAAAAAGUCACUAAAAAGCUUAAAAAAAUCUACUGGCGGUCAUCAUAACUUUCCAUGAAUUUUUUCACUCAAUCAAAUUAAAAAUUUCAGUAUUGAAUACUCAAUUGUGUGUCCAAAAAUUCAAGCAUAUAUAGUGAAA